CCAAUAUAAACAAUAUAUAUUAUUACAAGAGUCAAACCAAUACCAAAAUCAACCAAUACCACUACUACUAUGAGAGCAAAUAAUACCAUUUCAGAAAGAAAUCAAUACCAUUACAUAAAUGAAUCAAUACCAUUUCAUAGAUGAAUCAAUAUCAUUUCAUAAAUGAAUGAAUGAAUACCAUUAGAACGAACAAGAUGGUGCCGCGCAGAAGACGUGAUACAUCGGGGCUGAGUUAGGAGUGGUGUUGGGAGGCUGGUGCGUCGGGAUUGAAGCAGGCGGCCGGCGGAACUAGUGUGGCGGGAGUUUGUGGCUGCGGCUAGAUGGGGAGGGAAAGGGUGGGGUGAGGGAUCCGGGGUGAGAGAAGAGAGGCGAUAGGAGGGGGUUUGUGGGGUGGGGAAGGAGCCAGGGACGGCGUGGGAAAGGUGGUGGUACGUGGUAGGAUGGGGUGGGACGACUGGAGGAUAGGGAUGGCAACAAAACCCGAACCCACGGGUACCCAUCCGACCCAAUCCGGUCAACGCGGGUAAAAUCCGUGUUGACGGGUUUUGGACCGGGUUCGGGUUUAAACCCGCUACACUAUUCACCGGGUUGGGUUGGGUUUGGGUUUGGGUUUAGGUAAACCCGCCCCGUGGGUACCCGCCCACACACAUAUAAUUACUUUUCCGGUAUAUUUAAUAUUCUAAAUAAUAUAUCUUCCUUAAACAACUAAUAUCUAUAUGUUUGUGGGGACAUGUAUAAAUUGUUCUUUCUAAUUGUUUAGAAUGAAGUUGAUAUUAUGAAGUGGAGAGUGAAGAAACUUAGUUGAUGAGGAAGAAGCUUUCAAUUAAUCUUAUUGUUUAUAUAUGUUUAUCUUUAAUUUUGAAUAAUUUGUAUUGAUCAUUUGCUCUUUGCUUGUAUACUCUAGAUUGGUGUUUUUUGUAUGAUUAAUUUGUAUGAGAAAAUUGAUGUUAAACUUUUAUUUUGAAAGAAACUUGUUAUUGUAAAUUUUUACCACAAAAACCCACGGGUACCCAUGAACCCGCGGAUACCCAGCGGGUUGGGUUGGUUUUGAGUUUUCAAACCCAACGAUUUUUACCCCGGGUUUUUUUGGCGGAUAAACCCAUGGGUUUGGGUUUGACAAACCCGACCCAACACGACCAAUUGCCAUCCCUACUGGAGGAGAGACGGCGGUAAUAGCUAAGGAUGACAAUGGGUCAGGUUGGGUUGGGUUUUGCCAAAUUCAAAUCCAAACUAAUGGGUUUAUCCUUAAAAAAAAUCAGGGUAAAACCCAACCCGCUGGCUAUCCGCGGGUUCAUUUGGUACCUAUGGGUGUUUGUGGUAAGAAAUUUACAAUAACAAGUUCCUAUCAAAAUAAAAGUCAAACAUCAAUUUUAUCCAUACAAAUUAUCAAUACAUAAACCACCAAUCUAGAAAAUUCAAACAAAUCACAAAUUACCCGUACAAAUUGUAAAUUAGAUUGGGGAAGAUUAGAAUUAGGGUAGGGUUUCUAGAGAGUAGGCUACUGAAUAAGUGUGACGAUACCCAUGGGUCGGAUUUCCCUAAACCCAAAUCCAACACAACCCGAUUAAAGUGUAACGAGUUUAAACCCAAACCCGGCCCAUAAUUCGUCAACAUGGAUUUUAUCCGCGUUGAUCGUGAUAAGUCGGUACGAGUUUUAUUGCCAUCCCUAGUUGUUAUUGUUUAUUUGUUUAUGGCUGUUCUUAAUUAUUUAUACCAGCAGUGACGCUGCCUAAGUGCCUAUAAUUUGUCAUUUGGUGUACAACGUUAAAUUUUGGGUCCCAAGAAUAUAGAAUCUGAUUAAUACAAUUCUAAACAAACACAAAAUAAGGGCUGGACGGGCCAUAUAUUUUAUGUGCAGCCAGUUGGCUAUUGUUUGAUACAAGGUUUCUCUUUAAUAUAUAACAAUAACAACCAAGAAUAAGAAUAAUAAUAUUCGGGAAGUUAAGGAAUUAUAAUAAGAAUUAUAUUUAUAAAAGAAAAUUAAUUGUAUCGUUAUCAUUGUGUUAUUUUAGAAUAAGAAUUAAUAUUUAUAAAAGAAAAAUAAUUGUAUCGAAAUCAUUGUGUUAUUUUAGAGAGCAGGGGGUUUGGCAGAUUAUUAUCUUUACUGCUAUAUAAUUUCUAACUUAAUCAUUCGAUACUCUCAUUUGUAGGUGGGACGCGGCGGUGCGGCUAGGGUCGCAUUCGGCUGGAGAGAUGGUGGUGAUGGGCCCGGAUGGGGUGGUUGUUGGUGCGAAGGGGGUGUGCUUCCCGGAAGUUGAUGAUCCAAUGCUGGUAGAGGUGUUGGCCCUCAAGGAAGCUAUCCUUUGGUGUCGAAGCACGGCCUGUUGCUUUGUUCGCUUUGAGGGGGAUGGGAAGGUGGUGGUGGAUAGGCUUCUCUUGGCUCAGGGGAGUGAUAGUAUGGCGGGAGCUAUUUUUCGUGAGGUGUUGCUCUACAUGGCUGAAAAUGGAGGGUUUAGUGUUCGGUGCGUUGGUCGGCGUAUUAACAGGGUAGCCCAUUUGGUGGCUAGAAAGGCCCUUCUUUUGUACCCGAUAGCGAGUCGUUAUUUUGAUUUUGUAGCCUGGUUGAGGCAGAUGGUGUAAUGAUCUAUUCUUAAAUAUCAAUAUAUGAUUAUCUUUUGCUAAAAAAAAAUCAAAUGAUGAAUGAAGAAUGACGACACAAAGCUAUUGGGUGAAGAAAUGUUCUCAUACAGGAGUUCGACAUCUAGCUGGAUGAUGAAUAUAAUUAAUGCAUAUGAAUAUCAGUUUGUUGAGCGAGCUUUCCUAUAUUACUUUCGAGUAUCAGAUAGCCAACUUGAUAACUAAAAAAAGGGUCGCUAAAACUAGUCAUUGCUGCUUUAUUGCUUGCAUAUUUAUUGAUGGUGCGAAACGGUGUUGAAGUGUACGUAUUACAUUCUGACAGAUCGAUCAUUACUAUAAGUUGAAUUCAAUAAGAAAGACACAUAUACUUGGUAUAUUACCAACUUGUAUUCAAAAUAUUCAUAUCCAGUAUUCAUUACAUAUAAAUUUUAAUCGUUUACAGAAAAACAUUAGUAGAAGCGGCAUCAAUAGCUUAUAACUAGAAAUCCCUUUCAUGCAUCAAUCCAUUACCAUCCUCUAAGCCAUUCACAAAUCGGAACCACAAACUCUAGAAUCGAGAAUUCUAAAUCAUAACAACGAAGGCCAGAAAUCUCAAGGAGACCCACGGAAACAAACGACAGGGAUAAACCCUUAUUCGAACGUGAAGGGAGCGGCGACAAAAGUAGAUGGUUCAGAAGAAGUGGCGAGAUAGAGGAAGGAAGCUGGGGGAACGGACUGCGGAGAGGAGGCGUCGACGAGUGAAGCGGAAAGGACGAGCUAGGAGAAAUGGAAGGUUGUGAAGGAGAUAAUCGAAAGGACGAGUAAAUGAUGGUAGAAUCGGCCUUCACCACUCCUUCAUGUACUCAACAACCGCCGUGUGCCGCCUUCCCGCUUCUUCAGCUUUGGUCGACAUUACAGGUAGAAGCCGAAGUACUUGUGUAUUUUAAUUGAGGCAGAUUGCUUGAUUGAAGAAUUGAAAUGAGAAGAUUCAUGGAUGGUUUUGAAUUGGGGAAGAAGAAGAAGAACAAAAGUUGGAGAGAGAGAGAGAUGAAUUUUCUUUUUUGCAAAUGAAAUAGAGAGAGAAGAAUUGAAAUGGGAAGAGAGGAGUGAAAAAGUAUGGUGGUCCCUCCUCUUUGGCUUAGCCAGCUAGCAGGCUCUCAUUCUUCAAUUUAAUAGUAAAUGGAGCCCUUCCUCAAGCCAACAAAUAACAACCAUCCAUUUCAUUUUUUAUUGAUGUGGCCGAAUCCUAGCCCCAUGAGUAUAUACUCGCAUAAUAGCCGGAUUGGAGGGACCAUAGUCCCUCUCAAUUUUUCAAUAUAGAUAAAAUUACAUGUAAAAUUUAUACAAUUUAGGAAUUAGAAUAGUCAGUAAAACUUUAGCACCCCUCCUCCAAUUACCACAAUUCAAGUCUUUCCCCCGUGUUAUGAUUUCUGGCUUCGCCAUUACUAGGGAUAGUUCUGAUAAGCUCCUUCAAAUCCGCCAUGCGUCAUCACUGUACGUGGGCACCGGGCCGUGCCGCCCACGGGCUAGCACGGCACGACACGACACGGUUAUAGCACGGCACGAGCACGGGCACGAAAUAAAUGGGCCAGCCUGGCACGAGCACGAAUAAUUUAUGGGCCAUGUCGGGUCUAAACUUCAUGGGCACGAGCACGGGCACGGCACGGUAUGUAAGUGGGCCAUGUCGGGCCUAAUAUUUUCGAGACUUUAUUGAGUAUAAGAACGGACAGGGCACGAAAAUAAUAUUUAUUUGAUAGAAAAUAAGUAUUAAACGAAUUAUAGGUUCAAAUAUUACAAAACACAAGUAGAAAAAUAAUUGUUUGUUGUUAUUAGAAGUGUCAUAAAGAUAUAUACGUAAUUACUAACAUAAGUAAAAAUGGACAAAGAAU